AUGGAUCGGGUUGCACAACUGGAAGCCACUGUGGCAAGACUGGAGAAGGAGAACCGCCAGGUCCUACAGCGCUUGGAGCUCCUGCAGGAUGAGCUGAGAGGCGGACGCGGAGGCAGCCCGCGUCGGACGGCCUUGGGCCCGGUGGCAGGGCAAGCGCGAACACAGGAGAGUUUGGAAUCCUCGUCCUCAACUGAGAGCGAGGAGGAUUUGGUGGUGCAAAAGUCCAACACGGAGCAUCCGGUGGACACCAAGGAAGGCUACGUCUUUGCGGAGAACUGCUGGGAUGCGGUGAUCUGUUUUGGGCAUCCGUCCAUCGGUUGGGGCUCCUCCAUGAUACUCCUCUUCCUGCUGGCCUUCACAGUCUUCUUGCAGCUGGUGUUCUGCUACAUGGUCUACACCAGCUUCACCGAGAACCCUUUCGAGACUGGUGCCGUCACCGCCCUGCGUUAUUGGCGCAUCGACAUUGCACACCAGGCGAGUCAGACCUCCCGCAACUCGAUGGCUUCCUUGGCCGCCCGCACGUGCGAGUUCGACAAGUCCCUGGCCAGCUCCUUCAGCGAGAAGGACAAAGCUGAUGACCGCUGA